AUGUCUAUUUUCUCUUGGAAUUGCCAAGGAGCAGGCAGCUCCUCUUUCCUUCGUACCCUUAAGACUUUUUUGCAGGUUCACAAGCCUAUCAUUGUUAUUUUGUUGGAACCUAGAAUCAGUGGAGAGAAGGCUGAUAAGGUUAUGAAAAAAAUAGGAUAUACUCAUUCGCAUAGAGUAGAAGCCACUGGCUUUUCAGGUGGUAUUUGGAUUUUUUGGAAUAAUGGGUGGAGUGUAGACAUUCUUGGUAACAACAGUCAGUGGAUUCAUAGGGGUAUAUUUCACAAUUGUUUGAUGGAAGCUACUGCUAUAUAUGCAAGUCCUCACUCCCAGAAAAGAAAUUCUAUCUGGAACGAAUUAGAGCAGCUCAUGACUUUUAUUAACAACCGAUGGCUCCUUAUUGGUGAUUUUAAUGCUAUAAGGAGUAGGGAAGAACGGUUUGGGGGAUCUCAACGCCGGUCUGGUAUAGAUAAAAAAUUUUCACAAUGGUUUUUACAGUCUAAUUUGGUGGACAUGGGUUACAGGGGUGCUCGGUUUACAUGGAAAAGGGGCAUGCUUUUGGAGAGGCUUGAUAGGGCACUUUGCAAUGAAGCUUGGAAUCUUAGGUUUCCAGAUUACGCAGUUAUUCACCUUGCCCGAAUAUCGUCUGAUCACAGGCCUAUCUUAGACAACAUCACGGAUGGUUUUACUAGAGAUAACAGCAGAUCGCCCUUCCGCUUCCAAGCUGCAUGGCUCACUCAUGUGGACUUUAAUCCUUUUGCAGCUUCGGUUUUGAAGAAUUCUACUUCCUUCUCUGAUAAUAUUGCUAAUUUUUCUCAAUGCUUGUCUAUCUGGAAAACUAACGUAUUUGGAAAUGUUUUCAAAUAG